AUCACUUCCCUGCGCCGGGCCCGGCGAUGGCGGCCGCGGGCAUCGUGGCGGCCUCGCUGAGCGGGGCGGGCGCGCUGCGCUUCGGGCACUUCGUGCUCAAGAGCGGCCGCGCCUCCCCCGUGUACAUCGACCUGCGCGGCCUCGUGUCCCACCCGCGCCUCCUCCGGCAGGUUGCGGAUCUCCUCUUCCAAGCAGCCAAAGAUGCGGGUCUGGUGUAUGACUGCGUGUGUGGUGUUCCAUACACGGCGCUGCCGCUGGCCACAAUUAUCUGCUCAGAAAAUCAGGUCCCGAUGCUCAUACGGAGGAAGGAAGCAAAAGACUAUGGUACUAAGAAGAUGGUAGAAGGCACCAUUAAUCCGGGAGAGACAUGCCUGAUCAUUGAAGAUGUGGUAACAAGUGGAUCCAGUGUACUGGAAACUGCAGAAGUUCUUCGGAAAGAAGGAUUAAGAGUCACAGAUGCCAUAGUGCUGUUGGACAGGGAGCAGGGUGGGAAGGCUAGGUUAGAGGAACAUGGAAUUCGCCUGCACUCUGUGUGUACCUUGUCCGGGGUGUUGGAGAUUCUCCAGCAGCAGGGAGAAGUGGCUGCUGAGAUGGUUGAAAAGGUGAAGGAAUUCAUUCAGGGAAAUAUGUUUGAGUCAGUGGCUCAGAAUGGUCCUGCUCCUGUGAAGAGACUCUGUAAGGAGCUGAGCUUCAGUGCUCGUGCCCAGCUGCCAGGGGUGCAUCCUACUGCAGCCAGGCUUCUCAUGCUCAUGGAAAAGAAGCAAACAAACCUGUGCCUUUCUGCUGAUGUCACUAGCUCCAAAGAGCUGCUGCACUUAGCUGCCAUCCUGGGCCCCAGCAUUUGUAUCCUGAAGACUCAUAUAGACAUCUUGAAUGAUUUCACCCCAGAGGUAGUAAAGGAGUUAAGGACCCUUGCAGACCAACACGAAUUUUUGAUUUUUGAAGACAGGAAAUUUGCAGACAUUGGAAACACAGUGAAACAUCAAUAUGAAGGUGGUGUAUUCAAAAUCGCAUCCUGGGCAGACAUCAUUAAUGCCCAUGUGGUUCCAGGCUCUGGAGUUGUGAAGGGUCUGAAGGAAGUAGGUCUUCCUCUCCAGCGUGGCUGUCUCCUGAUUGCUGAGAUGAGUUCCCAAGGGUCACUUGCAACGGGUGAAUACACAAAAGCUGCAGUACAGAUGGCUGAAGACAACUCAGAUUUCGUUUUUGGAUUCAUAUCCGGAUCUAGAGUUAGUAAUAAACCAGAAUUUCUUCACUUAACCCCAGGGGUGCAGCUGCAAACUGGAGGUGAUAACCUCGGACAGAAGUACCUGAGCCCCAAGGAAGUUAUUAGUGAAAAAGGUUCAGAUAUCAUUAUUGUGGGACGUGGCAUCUUGUCAGUUCCAGACCGCCUUCAGGAAGCAGAGAAGUACAGGAUGGCAGCUUGGGAGAGCUACUUGAGCAGGCUUGGUGUUUGUGCAGAAGAUUGAAAGCUGGACACUGUCCUAGUCCAUAAGCAAAGCUGAUGGAGCUGCAGCCACCGUGAGAGUUCCAGCUAAAACAUCGACACUUCAGCCUGUAAAAAACUGCCCUUUUGGAGAAAAAUCUGUUACUAAGUUGUUUUAAUUGUACACACACAGAUCAAGUUGUACUUGCCAUGGUUGUUUUUUAAUAUUUGAGUUUAAGAACCCAAAACUUCAUGACCAGCUUUUAGCCUUAAUAGGCUUUCUUGUUUGAAAAAUGUUGCACAGAGCACUCCAAGGGUAUUUAGUUGGCUGUUGUUGCCUUUGUUUCUUUUCUCCACCCUCAAAUUCCUUCUGGCUGUGGAAACAGUAUUUUGCUGUUCUUCAUAAACUUCACCCUCACACCUGACCUGCUGCCUCAUUUUCACAGGUUUAUUCAGCUCUGCUGUUUCCAAGGAACAAGUAUAGGUUUUAAUGCUGUACUGUGAAAUUGAGUUACAUGUUGUUUAAUAAAUACCUUUUUUGCUACUGUU